ACGACAACACCAUCAACCACCAAGGGCUACAUCAUCACCCUCAGCUCUCCUGCUUCACAUGCAGAUGUCCCCGCUAAGAUAGGCCGCUCUAGACGGUGGGAAAAUUAUUUCUGCAUCUCCAAUCUGCCAGCCAUGGCGCGUCUCUCACCUACUUCCGCCGAGUUACCCCGGCAAAUUCUCCCAGUUCGAGAUCACCCCGUCCGUCUUACCCCAGGGCCCAGGGCCAUCAAUAGCGUCUCCCCGCAUCUCCCCGCAUUCUUCUCCAAUGAUUUACCCCAGGCCGUAAAAGCUGCUUAG